UCAUACCAAAAAAGUCUUUCACCUAAAAGAAAAAAGAGGAAAAAGCUAUCAAAAUUACUAGGAAAAAAGCCAUGGAUUCCAUCGGUGGAUUUCACGAGGUGCAAAACGAUGAUAGGCUAUCUCAGCUGGUAUAUUAUCACUCAAUAUACCAACCCAUACCAAAAACCAAAAAACCAACCUCGUUCGAUAAAGCAGCAAGCCGCGACCACCCUUCUCAACCCCUUUUCUUAUGUCCUCUUCUACGAAUUGUAAAAGAUGACUCCGAUUCUCACACUUAUAAAGUUAGUUAUUCCCCGGAAUACGUCAGCUCUACAACAAGAAGUGAUAAGUCUUAUGAAGAUCCACUAUUCCCUCUGUUUUGGUGCAACAAUAAAGAAUUUGAUGCCGAUGGUGGGUGUGACAUAUGCAGCGGCUCAAAUUUUGGCACAGACUAUUAUUUCUGUGUCAAAUGUGAUAAAGUUUUCCACAAAGAAUGCGUCCAAUCUCCAUUUAAAAUCAAACACCCUUACCAUUCUGAGCAUUUUCUCCAAAUUUCCUACCGUCAUCCUAGUUCUCCCGAUAUAAAGUGUUUAUGUUGUCGAAGAAGAGCAACUGACCUGGUAUAUUAUUGUACCAUAUGUGAUGUUGUUAUGCAUACAGUCUGUGCCAUGAAGUCGAUACCUUUGGGAGGAUUUCAUGAAGUGGAAAACGAUAGUAUACUAUCUCAGCUUGUAUAUCAUCACCCGAAAUACCAACCCAUACCACAAACACACAGCCCAACCUCCGACGAUGAAGCACCCAGCCACAACCACACUUCUCAACCACUUUUUUUAUGUCCUUAUCCACGAUGUACAAAAAAAACAUCCAACUCUAUCACUUAUGAGGUUAGUUAUUCCCCUGAAUAUAUCUCUACAAAAAUAACUGAUGAAGAUCAUUCAGUACUCCCGUUAUUUUGGUGCAACAAUCAAGUCUUCGAUGUUAAUGGUGGGUGCCAGAUAUGCGGGGGUUCAAAUUCUGGCACAGACUAUUAUUUUUGUGAACUCUCUUCUCAAAUUUACCACAAAGAAUGCGUCCAAUCUCCAUUUAUAAUCAAUCACCCUUAUCAUCCCGAGCAUUCUCUACAACUCUCUUAUCGUGAGGCUAGUGCUCCUAGUAUUGAGUGUUCAUGUUGUGGACGAAGAGCAAUAAAUCUGGUGUAUUCUUGUACUACAUGUGAUGCUGUAAUGCAUACAAUCUGUGCGAUGAAGUCAAUACCCUUCGUUGUAGACCAACCAAAAACUCAUGACCAUGCCCUCACAUUUUUUCCCAGACAAGCUUCCUUAACUUGCAACGUAUGUGGUUUCCUCAGAAAAAACCAUCCCACCUACGUUUGUCUCAGAUGUAACUUUGUUGCUCAUAAAGAUUGUAUGUAUUCUCCACGCAUCAUCAAGAUUUCACGUCACCACCAUCGCAUCUCCUACAUUUCUUCUCUCCCGUCUGAAGAAUGGUCUUGUGGAGUUUGUCGUAAAAGCAUCGACGAUGAUUAUAGUGCAUAUACUUGUGACAAAUGUGAUGAUUAUGCUGUUCACGUAAGAUGUGCUCUACGGCAAGAUGUGUGGGAUGGAGUUGAACUCGAAGAUGUACCAGAACAAGAAGAUAUAACACAAGAUGUUGGGCCGUUCGAGAUUAUAUUUGAAGGAGUGAUACUUCAUUUUCUUCAUGACCACUAUCUUCAGCUCGUCGUUAGCAUAAUUUGUGAUGAGAACAAGUUUUGCCAAGUGUGUGUUAUGCCUAUCUUUGAAGGUAAAUUCUAUUCUUGUAUGGAGUGUGAAUUCAUCCUCCAUGAAACAUGCGCACAAUCUCCCCGCAGAAUACAACAUGUGUUACAUCCUCAUCCACUUGAAUUGAUUCCAAUGAGUAGUAGUAAAUAUGGUAAGGAUAACUUCUACUGUGAUGCAUGUUACCGUUAUUGUGGCGACUUUAUGUAUUCAUGUCCUGUAGCGGAAUGUGAUUUCGGUGUAGAUGUAAGGUGUGCUGCAAUAUCUGAGCCAUUUGAUUUCCAGGGUCAUGAACAUCCCUUGUUCCUAGCUUUACACCCAAACGUCAAGCCAAUAUGUGAGGUUUGUAAAUCAGAAUGUUAUAAACAAUUUAAUUGCAUCAAAUGCGAUUUCAUUGUUUGUAUCAAGUGUGCUACCUUACCAUACAAAGCAAGGUAUAAGCACGACAAACACUUUCUUAAACUUUUAUGGGGGAAAGAGGUGUGUGAAAAAGAUUGGUGUGAAGUCUGCGAGCGUAAUUUGAGAGACACAAACACAAAAUUCUUCUAUUGGUGCAACGUUUGCUGCACUACUCUUCACACUGCCUGCUUGUUUGAUGACGACCUUUACCUUAAACCUGGUCAAAUUUUGGAUGUAAGAGAAGGGAAUGAGGUGAAACAAGUCAAAGUUCUUGCAAGAAGGAACCUUUCUCGACCACUAUGUGAUUCUUGUGAGUACACUUGCCAGGGCAGACUAUUUACGAUAGACAACAUCACAACAUGUUCUAUGAAAUGUGCUCGUAAUAUUAUAUAAAUUAUCUUUCUAGCUAUAUCAAUGUUAUUUUGUAUUUUGUUUUCUUUUGUUAUCAAAGAUAUAAUUUGUAUCUUCUUUAAUUCAUAUAUCAGAC